UAACUCAAUCUUUAUAUGGAUGGGUGCAUAUUCAGCUUUAUGAAUCAGUAUAAACGUAGAAUAAAGAGUUUUUUACUCGUUGGUCCAAGGUGAUCAAUUUCACCCGACUGAUCAAUUUCGCCCGAAUCGACGGUACCUACUGGUUUCUAAACUUGUGUAAUAUUUUUGGAAAUUAUUUACGUUACGUUCCGUCAAAAAAAAUUAAUACAGCAUUAUAGAAAGAGAUAAUAGAAUGCUUCGAAUCUUUCGCAAUCCCAGUCUUGGCCAGCGCUUCAUUAGGAAAACCUUCUCAUUUUCAGCAAUUGCAACCAAGCAGUUUGUUAUCAAAGAUCACUAUGAAUUCGAUCAAAAGGUAAUAAAUAGCGACAACCCCGUGAUCGUCAACUUUCACGCGGAAUGGUGCGACCCGUGUAAAAUACUCACACCCAAAAUGGCUGAAAUGCUGGAACCUUCGGAAGACAUCGACCUAGCGAUAGUAAAUGUAGAUGACAAUGCUGAGCUGGUGCACACGUUUGAGGUGAAAGCGGUCCCAGCAGUGCUAGCAUUUCGCAAUGGGGUAGUAGUGGACAAAUUCAUCGGUCUCGUCGAUGCGGAUAUGAUUGAAAACCUUAUUGGAAAAUUAGCCAAGAAAAAGCAAUCUUAGGUGCCCCCUCUAUUAAUAAAAUGCAUUAAUAUUUGUACGUGUGUAUGUGUGGAUCAGAGGAGAAUGAUCGGUAGUCGAGCUGUGAUUGAAUACUGACCACUAACAGAUAAGCACACUGUGUGAUGUGACUUACAAGAAUAAUUAAAUUGCAUGUAAGGUAAAACAAUUAAUACCUGUAAUGCCAAUAAACUAUAGGAUUACAUAAUAUUUUUUAUUAGCAUGAGCCUUCCCGAACUGAAUAGAGAAAU